AUGACUUUCAGAUUUUUCAAAAAUUCGAGUGUGGAAGAGCGAGAGCUUGCUGAGCUGUUGAUGGAGUAUCAUAACAAGGGUGGUGGGAGGGACAAAUUACAUCCCAUGGUUCUGCCUCAGUCAAGGAAUGGAGAUAAUCGGCAUGUGCUUAGUGGCCAUUGGUUUGCUCGUAAAGGUGGCGUAGACUGGUUUGCUCAACAAUACGAAUUGCGGAAUCUACGUGAAGGUAUACAGAAAUUGCAAGUUCAGAAUUGGAGACUUUCUCAAUCAAAUUCCCAAUUCUUAGGCGAGAUCAUUUUAGCCAAAACCAAGGUGAAAGCAUUGCACCACGAGGUUACUUGCAAAGAUGCUCUCUUAAAGUAUAAAUGUUGUGAACUUGAGAGAGGCGAAAACUCACAACAGAGAAAUACACUAACAAGUGAGAAUGUGUUAUAUAUAACGGACGAAGACUCAUCAUCGUCACCGAGACCUUUUGUACCAAACAGAAGGCGAUUUAUCAGAAGCAAAUCCUUAGGAGCAUCUACUGAACACAAGAUCGAGGCAGAAAAACUGAAAUCUGAAACCAAAAGGAGGCAGUCACGAAGGAGAUCAGCGAGAGUGAGAUCAGCAACUCAAGAAUUGACAGAGAAUCUGUUUGAGAUCGAAGAUCUUCAGCUUACAAUGCCUAAUCACAUGGAAUCACAUGCUGGAAAGAAGGAAGAGGUAGAGUUACGAACAAGACGUCAAGAUUUUAAGGUCCAUGGUAGAGCAGCUGAGAAGAUACAUCCAUAUAAGGAGGUUUCUCUUGUUACUAAGAUGAGAAGGUCCUAAACUCCUAAUACGUCAUUAAUGAAAAAUGUUUGUUAUGUGAUGGUUUUGUCUUGAUAUACUACCAAUGUCUAGUAGACAUGUGUGCUUAGUGGUACAAAAAAACACUACCAUAUUCAUAGACUAUUUUCAA